AUGUUAACUAUUUUUGAAGAAAAGGAAGAAGAGGAUAUAGUCAAUAAAGAUAUUCAAGAAAAAUUUCUAGUUCUUGCCAAUUUGAUAUGCAAAUAUUUGGCUAUACCUUUACAUCAAUAUCUAGUGAAUGCUUAUUCUCAAGCACAG